AAAAAGAGAGGCACGAGAGUAUGGUUGUGUGUGCGAUUUAUAAUCAAAGAGGGGUGUUGCUGUUGUUUACAUUCUGUGUGCUAUUCAGACACGACGAAGCGAAUUAAAAAUGAAAAGAUGUUGUAAACAAAAGUUGAACCGGAAGACGUAUGUGGGAAAUAUUAUACAUAUACACAUAUUAGUGAAUGAGCAGAUAGGUUGAGCUUAGUGAGAGCGAAUCAGACGAUAAGUGUACGGCGUCUGGAAAACACGACGAUUUUUGCAAUAAUAACUUUUCUCAAAGUAUAAAUUUUCUUCCAAACUGUGUGUGCGAAAGAGUGAGAUAUACAAUUGGGAAGAAGUUGUGGAAAAUUAUUGUGGAAAAUUUUUCUUUUCAAGCUACGCAUAUUUUGUGAAAAAAAAGUGUUUUCACUGUUUUAUUUAACUCAAAAGAACGAACAAUUCCUUUUUCCUGCGAAUUGAAAUAUUUUCUGACUCAUAAAAACAUAAUAUUAAUAAACUAUAUAUAGCAAAGUGGAAUUGCUUGUUGUCACACUAUUUUACUAUUUUUUUCUCUAUGAACAUACGUACAAGGGUUCUUCGCUAUGUGUAAACAAGUUGAGAAAAAUAGCAGUGAGAAUUAAAUAGAAUAGACUCACGUGUUUCAUGCUUCUGUCGUAUAUGAAAAGUGAUUGUGAUGUGUUUUCUUGAAAAUAGUAGAGGGAAAAAAAGUGACAAUAUUCAUUGUUGUUUAUUCGCAGUCUAUUGAAUUACUGCGAGAAAUGUGUUUUUCAACAUAGAAUUGAACACCAUUAUUUAAUUCUAAUCGUUCCAGUAGAAAAACAAUAAAUCAAAAUAAAUAAUAUUGAUGAUUCUGUCUAGAAAAUCUGUGACAAUUGAAGAGGAGAAAUGCCUCUAUGGGCUGGAAACAAAUUAUUUACCAGAAGAAACAUUCAAUAUAAUGAAUGAAAAUCACAUCUACACCAACAGCGACUUCUUCGAUAGUAAUUCCUCGCAGGGAAGGCUGGUGGUGAAAGUGGAGCCUGGAUCUCUGGGCGCGGGUGGUGAUUUGGAGGAACUUGGAACAACAAAUACGGGGAGUGUACACGACGGUACAGACUAUUGCGCCAUGGAUACAUUGAAGGAUAAUCCGAUGAUGACAACAGCCUCAAUGCCGAUUCCUUCGCGUGGAUCAACGCGCAUGAAUUUCGACUUUUCCGACUUUGGCUUCGACUUUGAUUCCUCGCAGGAUAUUAAUAUGCAAUUGAAUCCCUUGGGUGUCACCAGUGCCAGUAUGUACGGUGAUAUGCAGCCGAGUAAUUCGACAAUGUGGAGUGAUAUUGGGGCCGCAAUGGUCACAACAAAGUCUGAACCCUUUCACAUGGAUGACGAUGAUAUCUUCCAAGUGGAUAAGGCGGAUUUAAUACAAGGUCCAACAUUGGCUGAACUUAAUGAUGAUACGCUUUUAGAGGACCUCAAUAUAGACGAUCUUAUCCUGCCGGAGGAGCCAUCGUACUUGAUGGAUGGCCACAAUUUGCAUCAAAUGCAAAAUGCUACGACCAGUCCGCUGAAUUCGUCGCUAUCGCCACAGCCAUCAAUGGGGUUGAAUCAGUCGGGGAGUCUCAAUUCCGUUGGGAGUCUCCCUCAGCCCCUGACGCAUCAGCUAAAUCUCUUCACCCUACAGUCUCCGACCAUUUCCAUUGGGCGUGAUGCACUGUACGAUGAACGCACGAAUACGUCGUCUAGUCCAUUUGACGCCAAUACAUUCACACCAACAAAGUCACUCAACUCCAGUCUUGCCUUCUCACCGGGUAGCCAUCAUAGCAGCAACUCUUCACUCCUCCACAAUUCGGUUACACCACCGCCAAAGAGUCUCAGUGGCGGUAAAGCCAGUUCGUCUCACAGCAAGAGAUCCACUCUGCAUGAUCUCCUUCGCAAGGAUAUCUCACAGACUUCUGUGUCUGUCUCCGUGCCACGCUCCUCGGGGCUCACAAUGCCAGGCAAUGCACUCAGCCCGGGGGCACCGGGACCAAGGAAUCGUGGUAUGAGUCACGUGUUGUCCAAUCAGAAUUUCCCAUCGUCCAGACUCUCCUCAUCGGCUCCAACGCACCUGGGGCUGGAGCAAAUCUGGCAGAGGCGUGAACCGCGGCAGCAUCUUCUGUCAACGGGAAGUAUGGCUGAAGCUGGAUCCACGUCAUCCCUCAGUACGGGGGGUGUCUUGAGUCCCGAGGCACCAGACUUCUCACAAGAUGAGGGCUAUUCAGAUGACGACAGUGACCACUAUGAGGACUAUUCGACGGACAAUGACUCUGAUGACGAAUCACGAUCGAACCAUCCGCACGGUAGCAAGAAAGAACGUUUCUUUUGGCAGUACAAUGUACAAGCUAAGGGUCCCAAGGGGCAGCGAUUGGUGAUAAAGACACAUUUUGAAGAUCCCCAUGUACUCAAUGAAGUUACAGAUCCCGUCUUUAGUCCCCAUUGCUCUGUGCGAGGAAUUAAGCACAGCGGGAAAGCAAGGAAGGGUGAUGGGAAUGACUUGACGCCAAAUCCGCGCAAAUUGAACAAUAUUGGGAAGGAGUUGGAUAAAUUGGGGAGGAUCAUCAAUGACAUGACGCCAGUGAGUGAGUUGCCUUUCAAUGUGAGACCAAAGACGCGGAAGGAGAAGAAUAAAUUGGCGUCUCGCGCAUGUCGAUUGAAGAAAAAGGCACAGCAUGAGGCGAAUAAAAUAAAAUUGUAUGGACUGGAACAUGAGCACAAACGAGUUAGUAUUGGUAUUCAUCAGUUGAAGCAAAUAAUAAUUGCAAAAUGCAGCAAACCAGUGGCUGAGAGUACAGAGGAGUCGAGUCAGCAAAUUGAAAAGAUUGUCAAGUCAGCAACAAAGGUAAAAAUUGCUGGAACCUCAACGGAAUUUGUGAACAAAAUUCUCGAACGAGUUAAAGCAGGAGACCCAAACGGAGGUCUCGAUGAGUUAUGAAAGAAUCCGUAACUGUCUAUAAUGAUAGUAACAUGAAUUCAUUUCUCGGUCUAUUUUUCAGUUUUCUUUUUUCUUAUAUAAGAGAAGAUUCAAGUACCUUUAAUUGUUAAAAAAAAAGAUGAGAAAGCCAGGAUAUUUCUAUAUAAUUGAUUUUAUAUUUCUGUUUUUGUUUUAUGUUUUUAUUUUGUUUUUUUUUGUGCCACCACAAAAGUAUAAUUUUAAGGAUGAUUGUCAAGAAAACCAGUUAGGAUUUAAUGAUACCAAAUAUAUUUUUUGUACUGCUUUAAUGGCAUUAAUGGUUUAAGAGAAAUAGUCAAGUUGAUUUACUUUUUGAGUUUAUUUUUUCAAUGAUAAGUUUAGAUUAUAUGCAAUUCAUUAAGUUUGUAUACUUAUUUUGAAUUUUUGUAGUUCUCGGGCCUAUUUUUUUUUUAAAAAUACUGUAAAAGAAAUGAAAUUAUGAGGGUUUUUUUUGUAGAAUACACUACAUACAUACACCUACGUAAUUAUUAUAUGUAUAUCAUGUUUGAAAACAUAAUAAUUGAAAAAAAAAGAAAAUUGUAUUUUUCCAUAAGAAUUUCACGGUGAGGAUGAACUAAGAUUAAAUGAUUGAAAAGUGAAAGAAGAAAAAAACGCACCCUUUAGAUUUGUAGAUGCUUGAUAAAGUUGAAAAAAAAAAUGAAAUGCAAAAUGAAAUUCUUUAAUAUUUAUUGCAACUAUUUAACGUUAAAAUUAUAUAUUUACUAUAUAUUACUUACUCUUCUAAUAUAUUGUAAAAAAAAAACAAAGGAUUAAAAAAAGUGGUGAAAAGAACAAAAAAAAUCAUAUUUUUGGGAUAUUAGAUGUUAUAUAAACGGGAAAGGGAAAAAAAAGAGAAAGAUAAUAUAUAUUUUUGAACGAUUGUUGGUACAAAGAAAGUCACAGAAAGUGGAAAAGAAGUUAUUUACAAAAUAUAAGGAUAAAGAAAAAAUAUUUAUAAAAUAACAUGAGCAUAUUUUUACUUUAUUCAGAUAAAUAAUCAAUAUAUUUUAAUUUUCUACAUAAUGACACAUUUAAUGGAAUUAAAUAAAAAAAAAGCCAGGAAAAUACAAAAAAGUCAUUCACUACCGAAAGAAUUAUAUAAAGAGAAAAAAACACAAGAAAAAUCCAUGAAAUAAAAUGAAGGAACAUUAAAAAUCGUACUAAUUUAUAUGAUCUGUGAUUCGUUGUUACUAACACAUAAAAUUUAUCUAACAAUUAAGUUUUUAAAAUUCGUUUUGCUUUAUUUUCUCGCAAAUGAGGAAAAUAAGAGAGUAUUCUCAAUUACAUAAAAAUUACCUAUCUUAUUAAUCCACAAAAAAAUCAUACGUAUUUUGGAGAAGAUAUUUCAUAAAAACUGUUUUGAAGUGAAUGUAUUUGGGGGUGAUUUUCUACAUUUUUAUUGCCUAUUCUCAAUUUUUUUAACCUUUUUUCUGGGAAAUUGUGCCAUAAAAUAUUCUUAAAUUCUUUUCAUUUUCCUACAAAAAAUACAAAAUAAAAUCUUUUAAAUUUAUUCUUAAAAUUUUUAGAUUUUUUAGAAGAACUUAAAAUUAAAAUUAUGCGGCUCCCUGUAAGAGAUCAUAUUUUAAAAAUAUUUUUCCUUCUUUAAAAUAAAAUGUUUUUUUUGCCAUAAUUUUAUCAGAUUAUGAUUUUGCAUAAAAUCUUUUUCUGUCAAAAAAUGUAGGGAUUUUCUGAAUAUAUUCGCUUCAAACUUAUUGUUGAAAAUAUGUGUAAAAUUUUUCAAAAAUUGUUCUUUGAGGAUCCAUUUCAAAAGAACAAAAUAAUGUGGUUAAAUCAUCAUUGUAGAACCUUUUCAAUAACCCGGAUAUGUCUAUUUUCUGCCACAAUUUUGAAGGUUUCCAACAAAUCUAGCAUUACCUGUGUUCAAAGGCAUUGAAAUUUUUAUUUAGAAUUUUUUUUUAAAUUCAGUAAAAGAAAUUUUGAAACUUAAAAAAUUAAAAAAUAUAUAUGUACAUAUUGCUUAAAAUUAAAUUUUAAGAAAAUAAAAAAAAAUUUAGAUUUAUCCGGGUUAACAACCAUCGUACUUCUAAAAAUAUAACACUCCUAAUAGACCUGAGCGACUUCAGUCUUUAAAGUGACUAAGUGGCUAUUCUAGGUCUUACAGGAGCUUAAAAAGGACAAAAAUUUCAAAGUGAUGAGCAAAUUCUUUCUAAAAAGAAUAAGUUUAAAAGUUCAUUUAAAUAUAUAUUUUUAAAUCUAAUUCUCAGAUUUAAAAUCCUUUAAAUUAACUGAUCGAUGAGUUAAGACUUCAAAUAUUUACAAUUUAGUUAAAAUUAGAAUUUUGUUCUUUUCUUUAAAGCAUUUUUCAUUAAAGUCGCAACUUCAAGGACAUUGAAAAAAAAAUCUUUUAAAUUGAUUAAUAUACCGAAUUUACUAGAUUUGCUCAUCACUGCUUUUCAUCCCGAUAUUUCUGUUGAAAGUCGUAAAACUAUAUAAUGAAUGUCUAUGUUCUAACUGUUAAACUUUACAUGGAAUGUAUGUAAUUCACUGGGAAAAUCAACGUGAUUGGAGAUUCUAGUUUUUGAAUGUUUCUGUUAUUUUGAGAGGAUCCACAGAAAGAAAGAAAAAAUCGUGUGAAAAAUGAUAUAAUUCUUUGAUUGAAAGCCAUUAAAUAAUAUAUUUUUUUAAAGAAAAAAAAACCGACCCCCGUAGGUAGGAUCGAAACUUAAGUUUUGCGAAUGGCGAUGAAUUUGAAGUGGAAACGAUGCAAAAAAAUCAUAUAUUUUUUAUCAUGUAGAAUUUAAUAAAACAAAAAAGGAAAUUAUUAAAAUACAGAAAGUAGUGUGUAGAAUGUUAAAAGAAAAAAAGUGUAUAAAAGCAACUUCUCUUAUGUCUUGUCUGUGUAUAAAAAAAAACAACAAAGAAAAUAUGGAAAAAGGAAGAAAAUCAAUCAAGAUAAAUUUCACAAAAUAACUUGAAAAUGAAUUUUAUAGUUUAGCACAGAUUUGUAAUUUGACAAUAGAUGAAAAUCUUACAAAACUUGUCGAUUUCUACCUCAAAGAAUGGAAACGAAAAGUGAUAUAAUUUGUUAUAAAAUGUUUUUUUUUUCUGAAAAUUUAAAGAGAAAAAAAAGAAGUAAUUUUGAAUGCCAUAAUGAAGUAAUGCGAAGAGGAAAACAUCCCUUGUUUUAUUUUUUUUGCUUGAUCGUUUUUCUUUUUUAAUUUGUAUUAUUUCGUGCGUAAGAAGUGAUGGGGAUUGAUGAAAAUGUAGAUAGGAGAAUCCAAUUUGAAAUGGAUUUUACGAAAGGAUGUGAAGAAAAUUAAUGCUUUAAUAAUUAUAACUAUACAUCGUUAUAUUUAAGAUUUAAAAAAACACAAAACACACACACACACGAUGAAAUGAUAUAAAGAGCUUGUGAAACUGUAUGAAAAAUUUGCUUUUUUUUUAAUUAAAAAGAAAGGAAUCCUCCAGAGAA